CUGUGGCAGUACGUCCUCACCGUGUGGGCCCAGCUUCAAGUAAGUUCCUUGCACAGACAACUCGCCAGCUCUCUUACGCUACUGAGUAAUCUACCACGUCCACGAUGAGCCCUGCACUGAGCUCUGUCAAGGCGCCGCUCGAGUACAUCCCCGUCAUGGACCCCUUUGCACCACCCAUGUCGCACCUCGAGGACGAUGCGUCGGUGCCCAUGGCCGGCGCCGUGGACAUGAACGGACUCCUUCUCGGGCGCUGGAAGACCGACAUCUUUGGCUGCUUCACGGACCUUGUGCCCAACUGCCUCAUGGCGACCUGCUGUCCGUGCAUCUCGCUCGCCCAAGUUCUCCACCGACUUGGUCUCUACUCGUUCUCGUCGACGCUGAUUGCGUUCGGCAUUCUCUACGCCACAUACCUCGUUGCGACGAUGCUCUCGUCGUCUGUGCACCAAGCUUGCGUCUAUGACGGCAUCGUCGUCACAUGCACGGCGUCGUGGAACCCGUGGCCGGCCGUGAGUCUCUUCUUGGCCGUCUGUAUGCGCGGGCUGCUCAUGCACACUCGGACGCGGGUACGCGGCCUCUUUCAGAUUCCCGGUAGCGCAAUUGAAGACUGUCUCUGCGCGUGCUUCUGCUCGUGCUGCAUGCUCGCGCAACUCGCUACGCACACGGAUGCGUACACUGCGGCACAAUGCGAGUUCGGACCGAAAGACACACUGCCCGGGUACCACGCAUAACUUCUCACUGUCGAGCCAACUAAUUGUGUACGAAUUCGUUUCAAAAUGCGAGCUUGGUGUCGAAGUAGCACAGCUCGAGGUGUGCAAUGUGCACGCACGGCUGCUCCCAUCUCGCGCACGUCGUCAUACUGGCAGGAGCUUUUUUACCGGAAUACACGUAGAAGCAGAAGCAGCCAGACCGCAGAAAACUCUGAAACGACCUCAUCUCCC